CCUUGCGUAUCAGUUCCACUCCGCACUUUCGGCCGGCGAGAGUGAAGCGGCGGAUUUUUCGCGGGAACUCUCAGCCAGUGUGUGUUUGUGUGUGAGGGUGUGUGUGUGAGAGAGUGUGUGCGUGUGUGUGACAAUUCAGCGUGUUUGUGGAUUUGAGCCUCGACGCCCCGGUCCCUGAGAAACCGCCGUCGAAGUCGACCCAGCCGUUGUUUAGAGUGCCAGCAUGUCGCCGAAGGUUCUGAUCGAGACCGCACCGCCGGGCAUGGACGACCCGCCCCCCAAGCCCGUGGUGGUGUCGUCGGCCAAGCCGCAGUCCCGGACGCGCUUCGUGUCCGCCGCGGUGCUGGCCGUCGAGGUGGCCUGGCUCAUCGUGCAGUCCAUCUUCAUGAUCCUGGACGCCGUCUACCACGCCAUCAAGCCCAACGAGGGCAAGGACCUGACGGGCAAACUAGUGCUGAUCACCGGCGCGGGCCACGGCCUCGGCAAGGAGAUCUCCCUGCAGUUCGCGCGCCAGGGAUGCAGAGUGGUGUGCGUGGACAUCAACAAGGUCGGCAACGAGGAGACCGUCAGGGAGAUCCUCCAGGAGGCCGAGAAGGCCAACAUGCCGGGCAACGGCCGCCCCAGGGUCAAGGGGUACAUCUGCAACGUGGCGGACAGAAAGAAGGUCCAGGAGCUCGCCUUGCUGGUGACCAAAGAAAUGGGCGAGGUGGACAUCCUGGUAAACAACGCCGGCAUCCUGACGGAGCACUCCUUCCGCGACGCCACCCCGGAGGAGAUCGACCUCACCAUCAACGUCAACUUCACCUCGCACUUCUGGACCAUCCAGUCCUUCCUGCCCUACAUGCUCAAGAGGAACUCGGGACACAUCGUCGCCAUCGCCUCCGUCGCCUCCUUCAUCGGCGUCGCCAACUUCUCCACCUACUCCGCCACCAAGUUCGCCGUCGAAGGUCUCAUGUCGUCGCUGCACGAGGAGUUCCGGUCCAAGCAGAAGGACAUCAAGCUCACCACCAUCCACCCGUACUUCAUCAACACCAGGCCGGACCUCAUCAAGGGCUGGCACCACAGGCUGCCUCUCAUCACCCCGGACAGGGUUGCCAGCGCCGUGGUGCGCGGCGUCCGCAGGGAGAACGUCUCCGUCACCAUCCCCAAGUUCCUGUUCUACCUCCUGGCCUUCUCCAGGUUUUUCCCGCAGAGCGUGAUCGACAUCUGGAGAGACGUCUUCUACACCCACAUCACCCCUCCCAACAAGCUGCCCGGCGCGCAGGUCUUCUCCAACGGGGUGGCCAACGGCAUCGCCGGCAAGAAGGAGCUCUGAAGACGGACUCAUCCCCGACAGCGGGACGGGAAUGUACUUUGGGGUGACCAGGGGCAUCUAGCAGAAGGCGGCGAGCCUCUCUUGGCGUUGUUUGCGUUUCAAACAAGACUUUAAGAAGAGUCGCGCCGAGCCUUCUGCCGACAAGACUGCGCUGCGAGCCGGGCCGUGCCGGGCCGUGCCG